CCGAACACCCAACAGGGCGGAAAGCCGAGCGCGCCGGGGCAUUCUGGAGAGGCCCGGGGAGACCCGACACGCGCGCCCUUCGCCGCUUCCACCCGCGCGCGACAGAUGCGACGACCGGCUGGGAGCGCAUGGGGAAGUCAAAGCGGGGACCGACGCACCUCAGACGGGAAAAGAUAGGGGCAGGUCGCCUUCACCUUUCAGCGGCAGCAGGAAUUCAGAGGCUCAUCAGCGAAGUGAGGCGGACAGAUUCGCAGGGCAGGUUUCCCAUAAGCAUUCGGUGAGGAGGAGACCCGGGCCGCUUUGUGUGUAACACCGCCUUCGCCCCGCCCUUUCCUGUGGCCUCCCGGAGCAACUUCCUGUGGCGGCUGCUCGGCCAGCUCCCGGCUGGAGCAGCCCGGGGCCGGUUCCUCACCCCCUCAUCCCCCAGCGUACUGGAAAGGCCUUCUUUCCAUCUCCGGUAACCAAGCAGAGGCCUAGUCCGGGUGUCGUGCGUCAGGAAGACCUCCGAAGGGGCAAAAUGUGCUGCGAGAAGUGGAACCACGUGGCCGAAAUGUUUCUCUUCAUUGACGACCGGGAGGAGGAUUGUAAGAUCCAUUGCCUCUGCUCCAGGGCUUUUGUGGAGGAUCGAAAAUUGUGCAACUUGGGAUUAAAAGGCUACUAUGUCAAAGGCAGUGGCAACAGUGCAGAAGACCAAGCUACAGAAGAGGAGGAAGAUGACCAUGGCAUUGCAGAAUUGCAUGACAGCAAAGACAUAGGCCUAGAUGAAAGUGAACUUGAUUCUGAAGCUGAACUCAUGAGAAGUAUGGGAUUACCACUUCAGUUUGGUGGUGUGUCUACACAUAAGAGUUUUGAGAUAUCUAUGAAUACAAAAAAUAAAGUUAAAGUAAAAAAGAAAAAGAGAAAACAUCAAAAGAAGUACUUAGAUGAAAUUAUGCAAGAGUCUUGGAGAAAAGAAUAUGAAGAAGAUGACCAUUUGGUUUCAGAUGAGCCGUCUUCAUUUGAACAAUAUGAGAACACUAGAACAUGUGAACAUCAAAGCAAAAGAAACAUUGAAACAGAAAAACUUUCUAUUGAAAAUACAUUAUCUCCAAAGCUAGAAAUUACAGAGAAUUGGGAAAGAUAUUGGAAUGAAUAUGGAGGAGAACUGUUAUGGCAAAGCUGGCAGGAAAAACAUCCAGAUCAAAUUCUAACUUCUGAACCUUGGAAUUUUCCUGAUACAAAGGAAAAAUGGGAACAACAUUACAGUCAACUUUACUGGUAUUAUUUGGAGCAAUUUCGGUAUUGGGAAGCUCAAGGUUGGACUUUCGAUGCUUCACAAAGCUGUGAUAUAGUUACUAGUGCAUCUAAAACAGAAGUUGACAAGAAAGAUGAAAGUGUCAUGAAAGUGGACUUAAUAUCUUUUCCAUCUUCACCUAAGACAGUUGGUAAUAAAAGCUCUGGUUCAAGUGAUAAGGAUCAUAAUGAAAUACUUGAUGGAAUUACUAGUAUAACUCUGGGUUCAGAGGAAGUAGAACACACCCAAUUAGAUUCCUCUGUAAGUUAUGAUGGACAGCAAAGUGAAGUUAGUGGGAAAGAGUGCCCUGCUUCUGGUCAAAGUGAACCAUGUGAUGGAGGAACCAAGAAAAGCAGCGUAUCUGGGAAUAGAAGCACAAACCAAGUAACUCAAGGAAAGGCACCAAAAUAUCUUGAAUGCCUUUGUAAAUGGCAGAAAAGUUGCCAAACCAAGAAGAAAAUCCACUACAAUUUCUCUGCCUCUUUAGAACCACAAGAAUCUUUGGGAGCAAACACCAGCAAAGACAGGCUGCACACCAGCGGGACUGAUGGAGAUGAGAGUGAAGAAGAUCCACCUGAGCAUAAGUCCAGCAAACUCAAGAGGAGCCAUGAACUGGACAUUGAUGAAAACCCGGAUACAGACCUUGAUGACAAUGGUUCCUUUCUGGGAUUCAAACAUGGCUCAGGACAAAAAUAUGGUGAAAUUCCAAAUUUCAGUCAUCGACAAGUCAGGUAUUUAGAUAAGAAUGUGAAACGUAAGUCAAAGUACCUAGACAUGCGCAGACAAAUAAAGAUGAAAAACAAGCAUAUCAUCUUUACUGAAGAGUCACAAAAACCAUUUCCCAAGAAAAGCAAAGCUCUGAGCAAGGUAGAAAAAUUUCUAAAAUGGGUUAAUGAAUCAGUGAAUACGGAAGCAUUGCAGGAAUCAUCUUCACAUGAUAAUGUACAAGACACUUGUACCAGUAGUGAUUCAGAGGAUCAAGACUUGUCUGUUAGUAAGUCUGAUGAUCCAGUGAAUCUAGAAGCUGAAAAGUCUCAGACCAUCUCUUCAGCCAGUGAACUUGAAACAGAAAAGAAUGAAGGAGACAGUUUGUUAGCAACUAUGCCAGAGAAGCAGGAUUGUAUUACUCAAGAAAUAUCCAACUCUCCCCAGGUAGAAGCUGAAGCUGAAAUUAAAAAGAAGAAGAAUAAAAACAAGAACAGAAAGGCAAGUGGUCUACCUCCUGAGAUAGCUGCUGUUCCUGAACUGGCAAAAUACUGGGCCCAGAGAUACAGGCUAUUCUCCCGUUUUGAUGAUGGGAUUAAGUUGGACAGAGAGGGCUGGUUUUCAGUUACACCUGAGAAGAUUGCUGAACAUAUUGCUGGCCGAGUCAGUCAGUCCUUCACAUGUGACAUUAUAGUAGAUGCAUUCUGUGGAGUUGGAGGAAAUACUAUUCAGUUUGCCUUAACAGGAAAAAGAGUGAUUGCCAUUGAUAUUGACCCAGUUAAAAUUGAUCUUGCUCGUAAUAAUGCAGAAGUUUAUGGAAUAGCAGAUAAGAUAGAGUUCAUCUGUGGAGAUUUCCUUCUACUGGCUCCUUGUUUAAAGGCUGAUGUUGUCUUCCUUAGCCCCCCUUGGGGAGGCCCAGACUAUGCCACUGCGGAGACCUUUGAUAUUAGGACAAUGAUGUCUCCUGAUGGCUUUGAAAUUUUCAGACUUUCCCAGAAGAUCACUAAUAAUAUUGUUUAUUUUCUUCCAAGAAAUGCUGAUGUUGACCAGGUAGCAUCCUUAGCUGGGCCUGGAGGACAAGUGGAAAUAGAACAGAACUUUCUUAAUAAUAAACUGAAGACAAUCACUGCUUAUUUUGGUGACUUAAUUCGAAGACCGGAGUCUAAAACCUAACUGUGAGACAGGAAAAAGACAAAGAUCAUGUAAUAGAAUAUUUUUCAAUGAGAGCACAAAAUGUCUUCCUGUAUUCACUGAUACUUUGUGCACAGUCUUAAAUCACCAUGUGAUGUGGAGACUUUCAUGAGUUUAACAAAUAUUAAUGAAGUAUUUUGAGACAUUUGGAUGAUAUUAACUAUGUACUGUCUAUUGUACAAUAAGUUAGUAAGCAUCUGAUAUGGAAAGAGUAUAGGCUUGCCCCUGUGCUAAAUUUCAUUGUGUGUAAAUAUAGGCUUUUUUUUUUUAUAUUUUGGUUUAACAUCUUUGUAUGUGUGUACAUAUAUACAAGUGUAUAAAAAAAUUACUAUGUUUUUUAACAGAAAUACAAAGAAAACAAUGAACAAGUUAUAUUCUGUCUAGCCCCUUCUGAAAUAAUGUUAUCCAUUUAAAGUCUCCCACCCCCUUCCCUAUCCUUUAUUCAUCUUUCUAAAAAUAAUCACCGCUUAGCUUUAGGAGGAUAGGAAGUAAUUAUAGUGUACUCUAAUAUACUCUUUUGAUACAUUGUUUAAUAACCCCCCCUUGUUUUUACUUGAUAUAUCUUUUUUUUUAAGUAGAUUCUUUUUUUUUUUCAGUGUAUCUUGAACACCUUUCCAUAUCAGUACAUACAGAUAGAUCUACCUCGUGCUUUUUAAUGACUGUUUUGUAUUGCAUCUUCUGAAUAUGCCAUAAUUAAUUAAACCAGUUCUCUAUUGAUGGA